AACCUUCAACCUUCUCACGUGUAUUUCAGUGUAUUUGUCAGAAAAUAAAUAUAAUAAUUGUUGAUCCAGGAAUAUUUUUUUAAUUGUUGUCAUCAAAAUGAAUAAAGAAAGAAAAAAACCCAAAAUUGAAUUUCCAGGAAAAGCACCAAUUAAACCAGAAUUAAUUGCAAAACAUAAACGUGGAGAUGGAUUAAAUUUAAAUAAAGGAAAAACACCAAUUAAAAAUAAAAUACAUUUAGAAAAAUUAAAAACAAAAGAAAAAAAAUAUGAAAAUGCAGCUGAACAAGCAGCAAGAUCUGAAUUAUUAUUAACUGAAGAUUAUGGUUAUUUAGAAACAGAAGCUGGUGAAACAACAACACAAUUUCGUCAAAAUGAAAUACGUUCAGCAGUUGAUAUAACAUCAGCAACAAAAAGUUUUCAAUUAAAACUUGAUUUUGGUUCAUAUCGUUUAAAAUACAGUAGAAAUGGUAGACAUUUAUUAAUUGGUGGUAAAAUGGGUCAUGUUGCUGCAUUUGAUUGGUUAACUAAAAAAUUAUCAUGUGAAAUGAAUGUUAUGGAAUCAGUGUAUGAUGUAUCAUGGUUACAUAUUGAAACAAUGUAUGCUGUUGCACAAAAAAAAUCAGUUUAUGUUUAUGAUAAUCAAGGAAUUGAAUUACAUUGUUUAAAAAGAAUGCAAAAUGUAACAAGAUUAGAAUUUUUACCAUAUCAUUUUUUACUAGCAGCUGGUUCUGAUACUGGAUGUUUAUCAUGGCUUGAUAUAUCAAUUGGUAAAAUAGUAUCACGUAGAGAUUCAAAGAUUAAUAAGCUAUCUGUUAUGACACAAAAUCCAAGUAAUGCUAUAUUAUGUUGUGGUGAUUCAAAGGGUGUUGUAUCAAUGUGGUCACCAAAUUCACAUGAACCUGAAGCUAAAAUGUUGUGUCAUAAACAAGCUAUCAGUUCAAUUGCUGUACAUCCGUAUGGUACAUAUAUGGCAACAAGUAGUCCAGAUCGUUCAGUUAAAGUUUGGGAUGCUAGACAAUUAUCUGGACCAGUACAUAAUUUUAUUUUACGUUCACCAGCACAAAAUUUAUCAUACAGUCAACGUGGAUUACUUGCUGUUUCAAUGGAUAAUGUUGUUGAGGUAUUUAAAGACGAUAAAGACACAAUGAAACCAUAUUUACGACACAAAGAAUCAUGGUCAAUUAGUGGUAUGCAAUUCUGUCCAUAUGAGGAUGUUCUUGGUAUUGGAACAGAAAAAGGAUUUGUUUCAUUGAUCGUACCAGGUGCUGCUGAGGCUAACUUUGAUGCUCUUGAGGCUAAUCCAUUCCAGACAAAAUCACAAAGACGUGAAGCUGAAGUUAAAGCACUUUUAGAUAAAAUACAACCUGAAUUAAUAUCACUUGAUUCUGGUGCUAUUGCUGAUGUUGAUGUUCCAACUUUAACUGAAAAAAUUGAAGCAAAGAAAAAACUAAUGUUUAUCAAGCCUAAAAAAGUUGAUUUCAAACCAAGUAGAACAAAGGCCAAGGGUAAAGGUGGUACUGCUAAGAUUGUCAAGACCAAGAAUAUAUUGAAAGCAUUGAGUCGACGUGAGGCAGCUGAGACCAUGAAAAAAGUACAAAUUGAACAGCAAACUGAAAAAAAGAAAAAAAAUAUUCCAAACAAAGAUUUUGGUCCAACAUUAAACAGAUUUUUACCAAAAUCAAAAUAA